GGGUUUGGUCUAUGCAUCGCUUUUCCAGUGACAGGCCAGGGCUUGUACCCAUUAUAAAUUACUGCAGCAUGCACAUUGGAGUGCUCGCAGUCGCCGUGCACGUCUGUUCGCUACGAGGAUGUCGAUCCUCGUCCGCUCUCUUUGGGCGCUCUCGGCGUCUCUACCUCUCCUUCAUGCAAAACAUGCUCCGUUGGAAUAUCGCAUCAAUAUUGUGCAUCCUCGGCAAUCCUCCGGUCCGACCCUUCCAGGCAACUGGACUGCUGAAGGAUGCUACACGGAUAAUACUGCUUCACGCACGUUGACGGGACCUUCGUACACAGACACGACCAAUAUGACUGUCGAAUCUUGUAUCAGCUUCUGUUCCGACCAGUCGACAAGCUAUGUGUAUGCAGGCGUCGAAUACUCUCAGGAGUGCUACUGUGGCAAUGCGUUCUCGAACGGGGGAACCCAGGCUCUUGCCACGGAUUGCGACAUGCCCUGCUCAGGUGAUGCUCAGGAGACAUGCGGAGCCGGCAAUCGCCUGAGUGUCUACUGGAGCGGCGUUCAGCCACCGGUGCCUCCUAUCACCGUGCCCAGUGUGGGACUCUGGGACUCCCUUGGUUGUUAUAAUGACUCAGUGAACGCCCGCGCUCUCGCUAUCUCUCCUUCUGUGGACGGAGACGUUGAUGUCGAGUCAUGUACGACCGCAUGUUACAACUCUGGAUAUCCUCUGGCUGGAAUGGAGUACUCGACGCAGUGUUUCUGCGGGCUUGAGUUUGAUAACGGCGCGACAUCCAUAUCUCUGGGUACAUGCGAUAUGGUCUGCGCGGGUAAUAGCUCUGAGUACUGUGGAGGUUCCAAUGCAUUGAACGUCUACAACUACACCGGUACAGAUCUCCCCACACCUCCCUCUAACCCAGGAGGAGGCGGUGGAGGAGGGGGCGGCGGGUCUUCGUCACCAGUGUAUCCCGUCACGUCAGGCCUACCAUCGCCUUGGGAGUAUGCAGCAUGUUAUGUUGACAAUGCAUAUGGCCGUGCGAUCUCAACGGAACUUCCGGACAACUCAAACGUGACCGUGGAAUUAUGCAUUGCGAGUUGCUCCGAGCAAAACUUCACUGUCGCGGCACUCGAAUACAGUGUCCAAUGCUUCUGUGGUGAUAACCUGGACAAUGGUGCAGUCACGGCUGACGAGAGUGAUUGCGACAUGGGUUGCGGCGGAAACAGCACGGAGGCUUGUGGUGGACCUAAUAGGCUAUCGGUGUAUACUUCGACCGGCAACGUCACUGUGUACCCGGUACCAGUCCCACAGAAUUCUAGCCUUCCAGGACAGUGGCAAUACCAAGGCUGUCUCAAAGAGCCUGGAGCGAACAGGACCUUCCCGUACCAGAAUAUCUGGACGUACAAUAACACAGUCGAGGCUUGCCUGAACCAGUGCGCUAUGUUCGGGUACCCGGCUGCGGGUAUGGAGUACGGUGAUGAAUGCUGGUGUGGCGACGUAUCGGAUGUUGCAGAAUAUAGCGAUGGCUUCGCCAACGCAUCUGAUUGUUCGAUCCCAUGCUCGGGCGAUCCGAUCCACUUGUGUGGCGGUCCGGAGAGGCUUCAGCUGUACUACUGGAACGGCGGUAUCGACGUCUGGAACACACCUGAUAAUAUCGGCUACUACGAGUUCUUGAUCGGAGGUGUCGUCGUACCUCUCGUGGCUACUGUCGGGAUUAACGGCAAAGUCAGCUUCGUAGAGAAGUACGGCACCAGCGAGUUUGACAAUUCAACGGGCGCAUACGAGCUCGACCUCAGUUUAGUCGACAAUUUCGAGCUGGCGUGGCGCACUAUGCACGUCAAGACGGACGUCUUCUGUUCCGGUUCUCUCAUACUUCCGGACAGAGCUGCCAGGCAACUCAAUGUCGGCGGAUGGAGUCUCGAGAGCACGUAUGGCAUUCGGCUCUAUGCUCCUGAUGGCAGUGCUGGUGUCAAUGGUACCAACGACUGGGAGGAGAACUACCAGGAGGUUGCCUUGCAGCGUGGCCGCUGGUAUCCGUCCGCUUUGGUUAUGUCGAACGGGAGCGUACUCGUUGUAGGUGGUGAGGUAGGAAGUAACGGCGCACCGGAACCGACUCUGGAGAUCCUGCCAACCCCAGCUGGAGGACCCACCUACAAGUUCCUCGACUACCUCAACCGAACUGACCCAAACAACCUCUACCCAUUCCUUCACAUGCUACCGAGUGGCAGAGUCUUCAUUGGCUACUACAACGAAGCGAGGAUCCUCGACCCGAUCACGCUUGAUACCUAUCAGGUAUUACCUAACAUGCCAGGCUCGGUCACCAGCUUCCUGGCAGGACGGACAUACCCAAUGGAGGCUACAGCAGUUCUCUUCCCGCAAUACCCGCCCUACACUGACCCCGUUACGGUGCUUAUCUGUGGUGGAUCAAACUUUGGUAUCGCGCUGGACAAUUGCGUCAGCAUUCAGCCCGAGGCGGAGAACCCAGAAUGGACGAUUGAGCGAAUGCCCUCGAAGCGCGUCAUGACUUGCAUUGUACCGCUCCCUGACGGCACUUUCCUCAUCGCCAACGGUGCUCAAGCAGGAGUGGCCGGCUUUGGCCUCGGGUCCGACCCCAACUUCCAGGCACUGCUGUACGACCCCAGUCAACCCGUCCACCAACGCAUCUCGGUGCUCAACACGACAAUCGUCGCACGCAUGUACCAUUCCGAGCUUACGCUCCUUCCCGACGGCCGCGUCUUGGUCUCUGGCAGCGACCCUCAAACUCCCGGCUAUCCUGAAGAAAUGCGAAUCGAGGUUUACUACCCGCCCUACCUCACCGAUGGCAGGACACAGCCGAACUUUACCGUCGAGGAGAACGACUGGGAUUACGGAGGCACGUACACCAUCACUGUGGAGCUCUACGAGGGCACGACGGACACUAUGAGGGUAUCCAUGCUCGCCGCCACAUCGAGCACCCAUGGCAACAAUAUGGGCUCCAGGACGAUAUUCCCAGAGUUCUCGUGCAACGGCAACACCUGCACCGUCACAGCGCCCCCCAACACGUACGUGUCGCCGCCAGGGUGGCAGCAACUCUUCGUGCUCGACGGGCCGACGCCCUCGCACUCGCAGUGGAUCCGCCUUGGCGGCGACCCGGGCGAGCUCGGCAACUGGCCCAACUUCCCCGACUUCACUUUGCCUGGUGUUGGCCCCCUUUGAGUGCUCGUACAUUCGCUUCUUGACAAUUGGACUCUGUUGGACUGUCUACCUCUUACUGUCUUUGGUGGCAAUGUCUGGACCAUGUACAAUAUACCAUUCGUUUACCUGUACUUUCACUGUUGCUCCCCUUCGCUUUGUAACAUUCUACCCGACCUCCUUUGCACUUGAUUGAUGUCUGAAUAGUCUAGGAUC